AUGAGUGUUGUCAGCAAGCAAUACGACAUCCACGAAGGCAUUAUCUUUGUAAUUGAAUUGACCCCGGAGCUUCACGCGCCGGCUUCAGAAGGGAAAUCUCAGCUCCAGAUCAUCUUAGAGAAUGUCAGUGAGGUUAUUUCUGAGCUAAUCAUUACCUUGCCCGGUACAGGAAUAGGGUGUUACCUUAUUAAUUACGACGGUGGUCAAAACGACGAAAUUUACCCCAUUUUUGAGUUACAAGACCUGAAUUUGGAAAUGAUGAAACAAUUGUACCAAGUCUUGGAGGACCAUGUAAGUGGGCUUAAUCCUCUCGAGAAGCAAUUCCCAAUUGAACACAGUAAACCGUUAUCAGCCACUCUGUUCUUUCACUUAAGGUCUCUUUUUUACAUGGCGAAGACUCAUAAGCGUACUGGAAGACAUUACAACUUGAAAAAGAUUUUCUUGUUCACUAAUAACGAUAAACCUUACAAUGGAAACUCUCAGCUGAGAGUUCCCUUGAAGAAAACCCUGGCUGAUUACAAUGACGUAGACAUUACUUUGAUUCCGUUUCUUCUGAACAAGCCUUCAGGUGUCAAGUUUGACAAGACGGAAUACUCAGAAAUUUUGUUCUAUGAUAAAGAUGCUUGUUCGAUGUCAAUUGAGGAGAUCCGCCAACGAAUUUCUAGACAUAAGGAGAUCAAGCGGGUUUACUUCACCUGUCCUUUGAAAAUCGCAAAUAACUUGUGCAUUUCUGUGAAAGGUUAUUCUAUGUUUUAUCAUGAAACUCCAAGGAAGAUCAAAUUUGUCGUCAAUGAGGGUUCAACUUUCAAAGAUGUGGAGACAAAAUCUCAGUUUGUCGAUCCAACAUCCGGAAAAGAGUUUUCCAGUGAACAGCUGAUCAAAGCAUAUCCUCUAGGUGCCGAUGCUUACAUUCCUUUAAACUCAGAGCAAGUCAAAACAAUAAAUCGAUUUAAUGAUAUCAUCAAUAUCCCCUCUUUGGAAAUUCUAGGUUUCAGGGAUAUAUCUAAUUGGUUGCCACAGUAUCAGUUUGGCAAAGCAUCGUUUUUAUCCCCUAAUAACUAUGGUGAUUUUACACAUUCGCAGAGAACAUUUAGUUGUCUUUUACAAUCCAUGACCAAAAAAUCCAAGUUUGCAGUACUUUUUGGUACUUUGAAGAACAAUGCGGCUCCAAGGUUGUUUGGCAUGAUUCCCUCUACGUUACCUCAAUACGAAAGUUGUAAUCUUCCCCAAGGGUUCUUCCUGAUAAAGCUCCCGUAUCUGGAUGAUGUACGCCAGCUGCCACCCAAAAUUGCCCCGGUCGAUGCUGAUUUGGAUGUAUUAGUUUCACUUUUCAGCAACCUGGUCGGAAAGAUCCACAUCAAGAAUGGAUACCAACCCCAAGAGUAUGAAAAUCCUUCCCUACAAUGGCACUUCAAAAUGUUACGUGACGAUUACCUUCAAUUGGAACACGAUAUCGACAUCAGUGACCCCCUUGAGAAACAAAAGUACAUAAACAGCCUCGAUGAGACAAAAACCAAGAUCAUGAAACUACGGGACUAUGUCAAGGAAACUGCCGAUGAUGACGACCCUUCACGGCUUGCCAACACUCUCAAAGAGCUCAACCAAGAGCUGAACAAAAUUUCCAACUUUGAUAUCAUCGCCAAUAAGAAGCCAAAGACCCCCACGACAGUAGACCCUGUUCCUACUGAUGAUGACAUCAUCAACGCCUGGAAGGCAGGAACUCUGAACGGUUUCAAGGUGGAUCAAUUACGAAAAUACGUAAGGUCACGAAACAACUUUCUGGAGACGGCCUCCAAAAAGGCAGAUCUCAUCGCCAACAUUGACAAGUACUUUCAGCAGAAGUUCAAAGAGACUAAGGCCUGA